AUGCUGACGACUCGCGACUAUAUCGAGGCUGGGAUCAGGGUUGGACUGUUGUUUUUGAUGUUUUAUUCGUUGAAAAAGAUUGUGAUAUUAAGGAACUUCGAUCCGGUACUUGCGGCCAAUUUUCUAUUAGUGCUUGCUGACGUUAUCAACAAUAGUAUACUACUGGCCCAUGACAACUUGGCAAAGCAUCUGGAGUACGAGCCAUUUGGUGAACUUGGCGCUUGGUUAUACGCUUGGGAGGCUAACUUCCGGUAUUUCCUUCAAAUGUAUCUCUACUGCAUGAUUCCAUUAUUUCACUUUAUCCUAUGCUUCCGCCCGGUCGUUUAUAAAAAUAUUGGACAUCGAAAGACGGCUGCUUAUAUGGCUGUGGCGCUCGGCUGUGCUUUUGUGACCGAGACGUGCUAUCACCUAUUUUGCGCCUGUUUCUACUACGCGAUACCGGGGUAUUACCUCGGCAUUCGGCCGGAGAGAAUGGAUUCUGAGCGGCAUUUUGAAAUUUUUCACAGUUUAUGGACGAUCGUAAUGCUUUGGCUACUGAUCGGAACUGACGUCGCGAUUAUAGUAAAGCUCUACAAGAGAAAAGCGCGCACUCAGAGGAAUUCAAGGAUUAUUGAGGAGUCCAGAAGCACGGCCAGUGCUCCGCCAAUCGCAUUUGUCGAAAAUGGGUGGACGAACGUGAGUUGGCCACAGCCCUCGACAACCCUCAAAAUUGCGACAGAUAAGCGGAUAGCAAUGGCUCUAUUUUAUAUCGCGAGUUCGUAUAUAUUCUUGACGAUCGUCUUUCGAUAUCCGUUUUUGUUUCCGCCCUCAAUUCAAUCCGAUAUCUUGCUGUUCGGAUUCUUGCUGGAUACAAGCAAGUGUGCCGUUUAUGUCUUGAUAGUCGUCCAAAAUAAA